AUGUGGAAUGCACUAGGAACCUUCGGCUAUUUUCUGUCCAUGCUUCUUCAGAGCCUCAUGUUAAUCGGCGUUUGUAUUAUCUUCCUGGUCCUGAUCGGAGUCAAUGCCGCGCAAGUGGAGCGGAUCUUGGGUAUCGAAGGGCUCUCAAAGCGGAUCGUGAUCCUGGUGGCAGCAGCGUUUGAGCUGAUUCCAUGCUACUUCAUGGCCACGGUCAAAGAGACCUUCCUUCUCACUGCACUUGGAGCGCUGUGUUCCGCCAUUUGCGCGGUGGUCGUGGUGGUUGCCGCGUUUGGCACAGACUCCUCCAAGAUGGGCGCGUGCUUGGAUGGUGGAACGAACAGUUGGCCUGUGUAUACGAAUCUGCAAGGGCUUUGCCUCUGCUGGAACACAGUGGUGUUUGGAUUCGGAGGCAUCAACGUCCUCCCCAGCCUCUUGUCGGAUUUCCACCUCCGUGGUGUCCUGGCACGGGCGCUCGUGAGCUUUACCUGGCGUUCGUACUUGUUCAUCAUCGUGACUUACGUGGCUGUGGCCGCAGCUGGCUUCUCUGUUGGCGGUGUGGCGAUGGCCAGCCGGAAGGUGGACUCGAACGUGCUUGUUGGACUUUCCGGCUGUCCGUCCGACCAGGUGGAGCCUGUGAAUUGGAGCCUGCUACUGGCAUACAGUGCCAUCACGCUUCAUGUGCUGUUUGCGUUUCCUGUCCCUUUCCACUCGAUGGCGGAGACCCUGGAGGCGACGCUGGGCACCCGAUCAGGUGGCUUGAAGCCCGGAUUGCGUGGCCUGAUCCUGCGACUGCCGCGCCUCCUGUUGCUGGGCUUGUGCACCGUCCUGGCCUACACCUUGCCGUUUUUUGGUGCCUUGCUGGACGUGGUUGCCGCCAUUGCCGGCCAGGGCACCGUUUUCAUCCUUCCGGUGGUCUUCUCUGUGGCGAUCCAGCGGCAGCAGGGCAUGAGAGUGCCGUGCUACGAGUGGAUUCUGGACUUCCUUUGUUUGCUGGUGGGGACACUUGGGGCUGUGACCGGCCUGUACUACGGGCUGCAAGAGCUGGCAGCCCUUUGCUGA